AAGCGUUGAGCGUUUCUCGUUGGACAUUGGAUGCUGCUGCAUUAGCCACGUCCCUCAGCCACGUCGCGCUUUACUCGCCAUUUUCUUCCUCUAAAUCUAGAAUCAGUCAUUAGUACUGUCACUGGACUGUUACCUCUACAAUUUAACAUUUAGAAGAACACAUCGUAGCACUAAUAAGAGUGUUAGUUUGCUUAGGCUUCCGCCAGCACCUCCAAAAACAUGAACAUCUUCAGGCUAUCUGGUGAUCUCUCCCAUUUAGCAGCCAUCAUCAUUCUGCUGCUAAAGAUAUGGAAAACCAGGUCUUGUGCCGGUAUUUCUGGAAAGAGCCAGGUCUUAUUUGCCUUAGUGUUUACUACUCGUUACCUGGACCUGCUAACCUCAUUCAUCUCGCUUUACAACACCACCAUGAAGGUUAUCUACAUCGGGUGUGCGUAUGCCACUGUAUAUCUGAUCUAUGCAAAGUUUAAAGCCACAUAUGAUGGCAACCAUGACACCUUCAGAGUGGAGUUUUUGGUGGUUCCUGUGGGGGGACUUGCUUUCCUUGUCAACCAUGACUUCUCCCCCCUUGAGAUUCUGUGGACAUUUUCCAUCUACCUGGAGUCGGUGGCAAUCUUGCCGCAGCUUUUCAUGAUCAGCAAAACAGGGGAGGCUGAGACCAUCACCACACACUAUCUGUUCUUCCUGGGACUUUAUAGAGCCCUCUACCUCAUCAACUGGAUUUGGAGGUUUUACUUUGAGGGCUUCUUUGACAUGAUCGCCAUUGUGGCUGGAGUAGUGCAGACCAUUCUGUACUGCGAUUUCUUCUAUUUGUAUGUCACAAAAGUGCUGAAAGGAAAGAAGCUGAGCCUGCCAGCUUAAGUGCCAAACAGGAGUGCUGUGUCAGACUCAGAGGUUAGUGGAGAAGAGGCCCACCUCCACCACCCCCACCUCUACUCCUAAGACUAGAGCAAGAUGCCUGAGACAGAGCACCUCCUCCUGGACAUCAACAGCAUCUCUGUUUGAUGCAUCUUGCCUUAACUUUUUUUAUUACCCUGUAUAAAAAAAACAAAGAAAA